GUUCUUGUUUUUUUUUUUUUGUGCUCAUCCUUUCAGCUUGAGAGAACAGACCUAGUGGGGUUGUUAGCGUGUUUGGUUACUGAGACUCAUGGUAAAAGAAAAGAAGAUUUUCAAUCUUAAAACUGCACACUCCAUCCCCAACUUCUUAUGAGAUUUAAGGUUUUCAUUUACUUUCCAGCAUUUUUCUCAACAAUCAAACAGAGAAAUGGGGGGUUUUGCAUAAGUUUCCUGAAUCUUGUUCACAUCGUCUUCUGCUUUCAUGUUUCAGUCAUCUCCAUUGGAUCCCAUUCUCCCUACUCGUUUUCUGCAAUUUCUCAUGUUCUAUGUCUAUGCUACAGUUUUGUGAAGGCAAGAAGAUACAACAUGGGUGAGACUCUCUGGACUGUUUUCUGUGGAAGUUCCUGGUGUUGGAGUAAAAUUGGAAAGAUAUGCAGUUCUGGGUUCCUAGCCAUCAUCUGUCCAUGUUCAUGUCUCAACCAUAUUUUGGUCAUUUCUGUUGACAUCAUCCUCUUGUUCUACUUAUUAUUUAUCUUCAUAUAUAAAGCACCAGCUGUGAAGAUCUUAUCCCCUCAACAGUCUAUAUGCUUUUCCACAAUGCUAAAUUCUGCUGUCUUUCUUAAUGGAAGUUUAGGGUUGGUUUAUCUGGGUUUGGGGUUCUGGAUUGUGGGAGAGAAGCUGACUAAAGAGAACACCAUUCUACCUCUGCAUGGGUGGCUAGUGGUUUUAUUACAAGGCUUCACCUGGUUUUUUCUGGGUUUAGCUGUGAGGUUUAAGAGGCAUCAACUUCUACAUAAUGCAGGGCUGAGGCUCUGUUCAGUACUUGCAUUCUCUAUUGCAGGUUUUACCUGUGUUACAUCUUUCUGGGAAGCUAUUGUGGGCGAUGCAGUAUCAGUUAAGGUGAUUUUAGAUGUUAUAUCUUUUCCUGGAGCGAUUCUAUUGAUGUUCUGCACUUUCUCGGAACCAAAAUAUGCAGGAACUGAUUCAGGAUUUGAUGGUGCUGCCUUCUAUACACCUUUGCCAGGCGAAGGAGGCAGUGGUGGUGAUAAAAUCAAUACAGAUGCCAGCUUACCUCCUUUUGAGAAAGCUGGGCUUAUUAGUAGACUGUCAUUUUGGUGGUUGAAUUCGUUGAUGAAGAAAGGUAAGCAGAAAACUCUCGAGGACAAAGACAUUCCACAGCUAAGAAGGGAAGAUCGAGCGGAAAUGUGUUACUUAAUGUUCAUGGAACAGCAGAACAAGCAGAAAAAGCAGUCAUCUGACUCCCCUUCCAUUUUGUCGACUAUAUUGUUGUGGCAACGGAAACAGAUUUUGAUUUCUGGCUUCUUUGCAUUGAUGAAGGUGCUAACACUUUCUACUGGCCCUCUGUUUCUUAGAGCCUUCAUCCUGGUUGCUGAAGGCAGAGAAGCUUUUAAGUACGAAGGUUAUGCACUGACAGGAGGGCUCUUUCUUAUUAAAUGCUUAGAAUCGUUAUCAGAGAGGCAAUGGUUCUUUCGAACUAGAUUGAUUGGGCUCCAAGUGAGAUCGUUUCUAUCUGCAGCCAUCUAUCAGAAGCAGCUUAAGCUCUCAAAUGCUGCAAAGGGGUCAUAUUCCCCUGGUCAGAUCAUAAACUUUGUUACUAUUGAUGCUUACAACAUAGGUGAAUACCCGUACUGGUUUCACCAGAUCUGGUCAACAAGCGUCCAGUUGUGUCUGGCAUUGAUUAUUAUUUACUAUUCGGUGGGGCUUGCAACUAUAGCAGCUCUGUUUGUAGUAAUAUUGACUGUUGUUGCAAACUCUCCUAUGGGAAGGUUACAACAUAAGUACCAGAAAAUGCUCAUGGGAACACAGGACAAGAGGCUGAAGGCUUUUGCAGAGGCACUUACAAACAUGAAAAGUCUGAAGCUGUAUGCUUGGGAGACUCAUUUCAAGAAUGUCAUAGAACGGUUAAGGAAAGAGGAAUUCAAGUGGUUAUUGUCAGUUCUGUCACAGAAAGGGUACAAUCUGAUUCUGUUUUGGUCAUCUCCCAUUGUAGUAUCAGCUGUUACUUUCUGGGCAUGCUACUUUCUUGGAACUACUCUCUCUGCUAGCAAUGUUUUCACAUUUAUGGCAAGUUUGUGCAUUGCCCAGGAGCCAAUUAGGUUAAUCCCUGAUGUCAUUUCAGCAUUCAUUGAGGCCAUGGUUUCGUUAGAUCGGAUUGCAAAGUUUCUUGAUGCACCAGAGCUGCAGAACAAACAUGUAAGGAAGAUGUGUGAUGGGAUGGAGCUCGCAGAAUCCGUUUUUAUCAAGAGCAAAAGAAUUUCAUGGGAGGAUAACUCUACAAGGGCUACUCUACGAAACAUAAAUUUGGUGGUUAAGCCUGGGGAAAAGGUAGCUAUUUGUGGAGAGGUUGGCUCAGGUAAAUCGACACUAUUAGCUGCUAUUCUUGGAGAAGUUCCACACGUUAAUGGCAUAGUUCGAGUUUAUGGGAAGAUUGCUUACGUCUCUCAGACAGCAUGGAUUCCAACAGGGACAAUACAAGAAAAUAUUCUGUUUGGGUCUGCUAUGGAUCCUUACAGAUACAGAGAGGCUAUUGAGAAGUGUGCCCUAGUGAAGGACCUUGAGAUGCUUCCAUUCGGUGAUCUCACUGAAAUAGGAGAAAGAGGUGUUAAUCUGAGUGGUGGACAGAAACAGCGGGUUCAACUUGCACGUGCUUUAUAUCGGGAUGCAGAUGUAUAUCUCCUGGAUGAUCCAUUUAGUGCGGUUGAUGCACAUACUGCAACCAAUCUAUUUAAUGUAAGUACAGUUCUCCUUUGUCAGAAAUUAUGCUAUGCUUUCAGAGUGAACGCUAAUGCCUGUUGUGGCCAGGAAUAUGUCAUGGGAGCUCUAUCAAUGAAGACAGUCAUACUUGUGACCCACCAAGUGGACUUCCUCCCUGCAUUCGAUUCGGUUUUGUUAAUGUCCGAAGGGGAGAUCCUGCAAGCUGCUACCUUUGACCAGCUGAUGCACUCUAGUCAAGAGUUCCAGGACCUUAUCAUUGCACACAAUGCCACAGUUGGUUCUGAGAGGCAACCUGAGCAUGAUUCUACCCAGAAGUCUAAAAUUCCGAAGGGAGAGAUACAAAAGAUUGACAGCGAAAAACAGUUAAGAGAUUCAUUAGGAGAACAGUUAAUUAAGAAAGAAGAAAGAGAAACGGGAGACACUGGUCUGAAGCCUUACCUACAAUACUUGAAAUAUAGCAAGGGAUUGUUCUACUUCUUUUUGGCAAAUCUAUCUCAUAUCAUAUUCAUUGUUGCGCAGUUGGUGCAAAACUAUUGGUUGGCUGCAAAUGUCCAGAAUCCUAGUGUUAGCCAAUUGAAACUGAUUGCAGUAUACACAGGGAUUGGAUUAAGCUUAUCAAUAUUUUUGUUGCUCCGAUCAUUUUUUGUUGUUGUUGUAGGCCUUGGGGCAUCGCAAUCUAUUUUUUCUACACUGCUGAGCUCCCUUUUUCGAGCACCAAUGUCCUUUUAUGACUCGACACCUCUGGGAAGGAUACUCAGUCGGGUAUCUUCUGAUUUAAGUGUGGUUGACCUUGAUAUGGCCUUCAAAUUUACUUUUGCUAUUGGGGCAGCUGUGACUACUUAUGCCAGUUUUGGAGUAUUGGCUAUUCUUGCCUGGGAACUUGUGUUUGUCAUUUUACCAACAAUUUAUCUUAGUAUACUCAUCCAGAGGUACUACUUUGCUGCUGGAAAAGAAUUGAUGCGAAUCAAUGGCACGACGAAGUCCUUUGUUGCAAGCCAUCUUGCUGAGUCCAUUGCCGGUGCUAUGACAAUUAGAGCUUUCGGGGAGGAAGAUAGACACUUUUCAAAGAAUUUGGACUUCAUUGACAUAAAUGCAAGUCCAUUCUUCUACAGUUUCACAGCAAAUGAGUGGUUGAUCCAACGCCUUGAAAUACUAUGUGCUAUCGUUCUCUCAUCUUCAGCCCUUGCCCUAACAUUGCUUCAUACGAGUUCUUCUAAAUCUGGAUUUAUUGGAAUGGCAUUAUCGUAUGGCCUUUCAGUGAAUGUAUUCUUCGUAUUUUCUGCCCAAAGCCAGUGCCUUUUAGCAAAUAUGAUUGUUUCUGUUGAAAGAUUAGAACAGUACAUGAAUAUUCCUAGCGAAGCCCCUGAAGUCAUAGGGAGUAAUCGACCGCCACCCAGUUGGCCUACUAUUGGUGAAGUGGAAAUUUAUGAUUUGAAGGUCAAGUAUCGGCCCAAUGCUCCUCUAGUUCUUCAAGGAAUCAGUUGCAAAUUUGGAGGAGGACAGAAAAUUGGGAUCGUUGGCCGGACUGGUAGUGGAAAGACAACUCUUAUCAGCGCUUUGUUUCGCUUGGUAGAGCCUACAGAGGGACAGAUAAUUAUAGAUGGCAUAAAUAUUUCCACAAUUGGGCUUCAUGAUCUCAGAUCACGUCUUGGGAUCAUUCCACAAGAACCAACUCUGUUUAGCGGGUCUAUAAGAUACAAUCUUGACCCUUUAUCGCUGCAUACUGAUGAGGAAAUAUGGGAGGUUCUGGGAAAAUGUCAACUUCGAGGGGCUGUUCAAGAGAAAGAAGAGGGCCUGGACUCCUUAGUUGUACAUGACGGAUCAAAUUGGAGCAUGGGCCAGCGACAAUUAUUCUGCUUGGGACGUGCCCUACUGAAGAGAAGUCGGAUACUAGUGCUUGAUGAAGCCACUGCAUCUAUAGACAAUGCAACAGACUCCAUUCUCCAGAAGACCAUAAGAACAGAAUUUGCAGACUGCACUGUAAUUACAGUAGCCCACAGAAUCCCAACCGUGAUGGACUGCACAAUGGUGCUUGCUAUCAGUGACGGAAAAUUAGUAGAGUACGAUGUGCCAAUGAAACUGAUAAAGAAGGAGGGAUCGCUGUUUGGGCAGCUUGUCACGGAGUACUGGUCUCGAUCUUCAAAUGGCAGUAACGCCUCAGGAGAUUGGCUCUGAAACUUAAACAGGCUUUGAAGGCUAAUGCUUCGCAAGCGGCUCUUUGGUCAGGUUGCUGCAUGAUGAGCUGGAUUGUUAUGGUUUUUUAGGUCCUGUUUUAUCGGAAGUCUCUUGUUAAAGAGUAGUCAUGGACCAUAGCAUCUAUUGUCCAGUUGCUACAGGGUAGUCAUGGAAGCCCAAAUGAUACUAUGGUUAAGGUGGUGUUUGUUUUUUUACUUAAUUCUAAAUAGGUACUUAAUGUUUAAUAGUAUUAAAUAUUAGGUUGUUUGUUUUUAUAAUAUUUUAUUUCUAUUAAGUAUUAAAAAAAAAAAUCAAUAUUGUGAGUGUUUAGCUAGGUUGGCAAUUCCGGACAAAAUUCCUAAGUGUCCCCUAACUCGGCUUUCCUAUUCCUAUUUGUACUACUUGACUUUGAAAACUAAGACUUUGCUAAGAGGCCGAGAUAUGUAGUCAAGUGUGGAGUGAUUGAGUGUGAAUCAACCCGGUUUUUAAUCUUUAAAUGUGUUAGAAAGUUGAGAAAAAUGGUUUUUGGUGCAAAGCUUUCAUUCUUCUGUUUCUGGAUCGAUCCAAGUGUAGGGGUGGAUCUAUCCAACUAAUGUUUUUUUGAUCAAAUCUCAGCCAUUAGAUUAAGGGUUUCUUUUUACACUUUAAAAACCAAUCUUCUCUCAUUUUCUGGUAAGAGAGACUGCAGAAAACGUGGGGAGAGCAGCCACACUCCAAGUGUUCUUCAUUUUCUCAUUUUUGCUUUCCUAAUUUAGGGUUUUUGAUUGCAAAGAAAAUCCACUUCUCUUAAUAUUUUCCAAACUAGUUUUCAAUGGAUUUUCUUGAGCAAUAAAUGGGUUGAUUCAUUCCUUCAUUCACAUCUCAAUCUCUCAUUCUAUUUGGGUUUAUGUAAAAACCCAUUUUCUUCUUGUGUGGAUUCAAGAAGAGGCCGAGAUUGAGCUUGGUGCGGACUCCAAGUGUGCUCCAACAGGAGAAGCUGAAAAUGAAGGUACUAGUCAAGUAUUCCGGGAAGGAUUGAUUGGCUUGAGUUAGGUAAAACCUUGUACUCAGUUUUUAUUCUUCAUAGUGGAGUUUUCAAUCGGUGAUA